GCUGUCAGAGAGCCGGUCACAUGACAGCCGAUCUAUAAACAGUGCACUGUCCCCUUAAAUUACAGCUGGCCUGUUCGGUUGCUCUUUUGGAAAUUCGGCUGUGUUUGCAGCUUACAGCCCGGGCGACGGAGUUGUCGUGUCUCCCUUCGAAUCAUGGAAGACCAGGCUUUCGUAACAUUGGCCACCAACGACAGCUAUGCCAAGGGGGCCAUGGUGCUAGCCAAGUCCCUACGGAGUUACAACACCUCCAGGAAACUAGUGGCUCUGAUGGGCCCCCACGUGUCAGACGCCUACAGAGAGGUACUCGGCGCGACCUUCGACGAGGUGCGGCUCGUUGACGUGCUCGACAGCGGGGACUCGGCCCACCUGGCCCUGAUGAACCGGCCCGAAUUGGGUGUGACGCUCACCAAACUCCACUGCUGGACCCUCACACACUACACCAAGUGCGUGUUCAUGGAUGCCGACACACUGGUUCUGGCAAACGUGGAUGAGCUGUUCGAGCGGGAAGAGCUUUCAGCUGCCCCCGACCCCGGCUGGCCAGACUGCUUCAACUCCGGCGUGUUCGUGUUCCGCCCGUCCAACGAGACCUACGGCAGAAUCCUCCAGCUAUGCUCAGAGAGUGGCAGCUUUGACGGGGGGGACCAGGGAGUCCUCAACACAUUUUUCAGCAAUUGGGCGACGGCGGACAUCUCCAAGCAUCUGCCCUUCAUCUACAACCUCAGCAGCUCAGCCUUCUACUCGUACCUCCCAGCAUUUAAGCAGUUUGGGGGCAAUGCCAAAGUGGUCCAUUUCCUGGGAUCACUCAAGCCGUGGAACUACUCCUACGACGCAGAGACGAAGACCAUCAGGGGUCAUGCCCAGGAGCCUUGCACACUCCACCCCGACUUCCUGCUGAAGUGGUGGGACGUCUUCUCCACCUCAGUGACUCCCAUGCUGAAAGAGCAGCACAGAGCGGAGUCUUUCCUCUCUGUAUCCAGUCACAAUAUUGAUGACAUCCGGAAGGGGGUGUCUCACAUACAUGUCGCUGAGCCCCUCCCGCAGCCGGAGCUCUCCUCAGAGGAACGCAGGCGGAGGUGGGAACAGGGACAAGCAGACUACAUGGGAAUGGACUCCUUCGAGAACAUACAAAGGAAGCUCGACUCCUUCCUUAAGUAACAUCCAGAAGAACAGAUCCAGAGAAUGACCCUUUAGUUACAGAUAUAACUCCACAAAGUUGCAAAAACACACACCGACGAUCUUCAGUGCUUUCAGGUGUUGGAUGUAGUCAUACUCGGCACCUUUGUACAGCUCAUUUAAAUAUUUUCUCUCCAACCCCCCAUUUCCCGAAACCCAAAGACGUCUUACCUGCCCAGCAGACAAAGACCUCAUUUUACACACGAAGGUAAUUUGAAACUAUGCAGCAAUGUACCGAGAGCUUUCACCAAGCGUCCUGCCAUGCAAUGUGAAGUAAUACCUUACCGACAGAGGACCGGGCGUUACACAACACAGACUGGUGACUCAGCUUUUAACAGUCACGCAGCAUGACGUUCAACUAGACCACUGUACCCCAACUAGUCCUUGAAGGUGCAACGUCUUAUCCCAACUGCCACAACAUUCAUCAGUUGCAACAGAUUUCUUCGAAAUUUGUAACGUGUUGCAUUUCCGUGUCACAUGACUUGCCUGUAAAAACACACCUAAGGUACAGUCCUUGGACCUCUGGCUGUCUGUUACAUUUCUUUUCCCACAGAUUAAUAACAACCCAGUUUCCAGUAGCUAAUCCUACUUGCUGCUUCUAAGUGGUUCCUCCGGAGCCAAUCGACAGCUGCCUUAGCCUGCGGACCAGUUUUCACGAGGCCUCCUCUGCGGCGUCUGCCUCCCCUCGAGGCCUAACAUCUCAUCUGUGCUUUAGCCACCGUCCUGCUCCACAUGGAGAGCGAUGUGGGUAGCAGUCUUCAUGGUUGGAAUGUAGCCGAGCUUCCGGAUGGCCGGUGCGAUGCCGGCUGGUGAUUCCGGCAGGUUGGUCAAGGUUUGUGCCACAAGCCGUCAACUUGCAGCCUGUUCUGAUCCCGGCCGCCCCCCCCCCCCCCCCAUCAUGCGGUAGAUGCCUUGCACAACAGCCUCUUGGGAAGUCUACAGUAACCUUCUGCUCACACACUGGUGUCACUGCCCCCACCCCCUACCAGAAAAAGCAAGUAGUUUGACUGUGUGGUUGCUAGAUGUACUUACUAUAACUUGCAGUAGCUCCCCCCCCUCAAUAAAGACUGUUAAAGGAC